GAAAAAAUUGACGAGACUACGCGGGCAAGAGUGGACACCAUCUGUAGUUCUUCUACUUUUAGUACAUCCUCAGGACGUUUUAUUGCGUCUGGUAGGAGUUACAUUUACAAUCGAGCAGGAGGAGGAGCACCUCCAACCUCAUCGGCGAGUACAUCAAAUUGGGGCAUCCUAGAAUGCGAGAUGGUAGACGGUGUUCUCGUUUCUUGUGAAACGAUAAAGAGGGCAAUGUUGACAAUAGAAACAUCAGAUGAAGUGGUUUCUGGCGAGCAGGGUGACAAGCGAAUGCUGACUGACGGAGCGUCAUUACCAGAAGAUGGUCAAGGGCAAAGACGACCACACGUAGAAGGCGAAGGGCAGACGCAACCCCAGGCUGCUCAGGACAACAGCACUGCUUGCGGCGCAGAACCUCCUCCAGUACCACAUCAAGCCUCAACAGAGACGGAGGGAAACACUAGCGCGACAACGGAAGUGCAAGAGAAAGGCAACCGACCAGAGGAAGAUAGCUUUUUUGCUUCAAUAAAAUUUCCACCUUUAGAACGACCAAGGCCAGCUCAGCCGAAACUUCAGGGGCAAGCAAACUUUAGCUCUCCACCACCUUCCGAUGACCAACACGGGUCCUCUCCUCCGGUGCCAGCCACAACGAAUGCCGACAACCCUCCUGAAGGAGAUGAUCACAACAUCGCUGUACCACCCCCAUCAUCUUCGCCAGAACAUGAUCAAGAAGCAAAGACGCCGAUAGGAGUGGGCUCAUCGCCACCUUCAAUUUCUACUGAAGAAAGAGAACGAAGUCAGGGUGCUACAACUGCGGGUAGCAGGAAAACAAGAGAGAUACAACAGUCUCCUGAACAAGAUGGCAAAUCUUGCUCUACAACCGCAACAGCCACCAGCUCGUGCUCAUCUUCUGCCUGUAGUCCGAUAUCAGAGCACGAAGUACUAGAUCCUCCGAGAAGUACUAGUUCUUGUACCUCGGGACCGGCAGUUACAGUUACAUCGACUUCGAC